CGAGCUCGAGGGCCUCAAACAACAAACAGCACAAACAGCACCGAGCGCGUGCGCUUACUGGGAGCAAGCACACUACCAUAUUGUUAUUUCAUGGCUUCACCUUUCAUGGCUUCCCCUCUGAGAUCGGGCUUCCACCGGCUUGAGGUCCAAAAAACUGCAUGGGAAAUUCCGGACCGAUACACAACAUUAAACCCUGUGGGCACCGGGGCAUAUGGGACAGUAUGCUCUGCUAUUGACCAGAAAACGAAGGAGAAGGUGGCCAUUAAAAAGCUGUACCGACCGUUCCAGUCUCUGAUCCAUGCAAAGCGGGCCUACAGAGAACUCCGCCUUUUACGCCACAUCCAACAUGACAAUGUGAUCUGUCUACUGGAUGUUUUCACCCCUGACUCCUCACUGGACAAAUUCCAGACUUUUUAUUUGGUAAUGCCAUUUGUGGCUCAGGAUCUUGGGCACAUAUUGAAGAGGAGGAGGCUCACUGAAAAAGUCAUCGUGUAUUUGUUCUACCAGUUACUCAGAGGGCUAAAGUACAUCCAUUCUGCUGGGAUCAUACACCGGGAUCUGAAGCCAAACAACCUUGCUGUUGAUGAAAACUGUGAGUUAAAGAUAUUGGACUUUGGCUUGGCAAGACAUGCAGAGAUGGAGAUGACUGGCUAUGUUGUGACACGGUGGUACAGAGCCCCUGAAGUCAUUUUCAACUGGAUGCAUUAUACUCAGACAGUGGACAUAUGGUCUGCUGGUUGCAUCCUGGCGGAGAUGAUCACCGGUGAGGUGCUUUUUCCAGGAAAUGACAGUAUGGACCAGCUGAACAUGAUCCUCCAUCUAACAGGAACACCACACUUAUCACUGGUGCAGAAAAUGCAGAGCAAAGAUGCAAGGGCUUACGUACAGUCUCUCCCAGUCCAGAAAAAGAAAGUAUUCAGAGACAUCUUCCCAUCCAUGGAUCCCAACGCUGUGAAUCUGCUUGAGAAGACUCUGAUGUUGGACCCAGAAGCCAGACUGACAGCUAAAGACGGGAUGUCUCACCCCUACCUCUCUGACUACCAAGACCCGGAAAAUGAACCUGAGUCUCCCCCUUAUGACGACUCAUUUGAGAGCCUGGAGCUGGCUGUUAGCGAGUGGAAGAGCCUUAUACACAUGGAGAUCAUGACAUUUGACCCAGACAAUCCUAGACAAACUGCAAUAUAACACCUCAUCAGAACUGGGAAUAUGCUGCAAUAAAGUUACUACUGAUUAAGCUACAUGAUGGUGUUAUCCAACACACCAACAGUGAGAGAAACGCAGUUUAUUUACACAGCCAGCUCGAAGGUUACAUUUUUCUCUUUUUAUUUCACAUGAAUAUCCAGUUUUAUCCUGUUGUUUUCCAUGUAUUUGUAGUUACGUUAAUAAAAAUAAACCACUGAA